GGGGGGGCGCGGUUCAUUGGAGCAAACUCACUAUAUACCAUAGACGUGGAGGCAGCAGAAUCUCACGUCCCAUGGACAGACCGCUACCUCUAGACUACCACGACCACUACCUGUCGUGUCGUAUAUACUCCAUUUUAUUUUAUUUUAUUUGGGUUGGGUGAAUACUUCGCUUGGGUUCCCUCUUCUCAUUUCUCUGCUAUAUCAGUAACCAUAAGAAUGGCAAAAAUGGCGGCAGAUGUUGCCUGCGUGAGGAGAGCCGCUUUUCCAUUUGGGUUAGAACCCAACAGGCAUUCUUCCUCGAGAAGGGACAAUAUGAACACUUGCAGACUCUGGAGUCGCUCUGUUCGAGCUUGCAGCUCCAUGGCCAUGGACGGCAAAAGCAAGGUCUACAGAGAGUUAGGUUUGUUUUCAUUGAAAAAGAAGAUUGAAGACACGGUUCUUCGUGCUGAGUUGAUGGCAACAUCUGCACUUGAGCUCGAGGAGGCUAGAAGGAUUAGGCAAGAGGAGAUGAUCAGGAAUUAUGACCUUUGGGAUGACCCAGCUAAAUCAAACGAUAUCCUUGUCGAACUGGCUGAUUCUGCUCGAGCAGUUGAUGCCCUUAAAGAUCUAGCAUACAAGGCAGAAGAAGCAAAGCUGAUAACGCAGCUUGCUGAGAUGGACGCUAUCAAUUAUGGUCUCUUUGAGCAAGCAUAUACUGCAUCUUUAGAUGUGAGCAAGUUUUUGGACCAGUAUGAGAUGCUUAAGCUUCUCAAGGGACCCUACGAUGCAGAGGGAGCUUCCAUGGUAAUAAAUGCUGGGCCUGGCGGCAUGCAUGAUGAGCUCUGGGCACAGCAACUGCUUAGCAUGUACUUAAAAUGGGUCGAGAAGCAAGGCCACAGAGGAAGGAUCAUCAACAAGUUACAGUCAAAGAACGGCGCCAUCAGUUCUGCCACAGUCGAAUUUGAAUUUGACUAUGCAUACGGCUAUCUUCAGGGGGAGAAAGGUGUUCAUCACAUGUUGAGCAGUUCUGAAAAAGGAUCAACAGGUCAUGAGGUCAGUGUAGCGGUGGUUGACAUCGUUCCUCUGUUCCUCGGGACAACUUCGGACUUUCACAUUGAUGAAGAGGAUUUGAUCUUCUUGUGCCCAUCAUCCCCAGAACAGGAGCUGCAUGGUCAGUGUAGAGUCAUCAUUCAGCAUGUUCCUACUGGUAUAACCAUUGGAUCUUCAGGUGAGAGAAGUCACUUCGGAAAUAAGAUCAAGGCCCUCAACCGAUUAAAGGCCAGACUUCUCAUAAUCGCUAGUGAGCAAGGAGUUUCAACCAUUAGCAACAUAAAGACGGAAGCUAUCUUUGAUGUGUGGAAGAACGAGGUUCGGAGAUAUGUGUCUCACCCAUUUAAGCUCGUGAAAGAUGUAAAAACUGGGAUUGAAUUGGCUGAUCUCAGUUCUGUCUUGGCUGGAAAUAUUGAACCUCUGAUUGGAGCUCAUAUAAAUAUAAGACGUUCCAGGUCCCUUAUAAUACAAAGAGAAGCUUCGAACAUUCAAGAAAUACACCAACACUGCAGUUCUUACGAAUGAAUGGAAAGAUAGAAGUAUCUUGCAAAAUUCUUGGACAAGAUGUUACUGAUGGCCCGAAAGAG